AAAGAAAAAAAAAGCCGAAGCGGAGACAAUCAGGAAGUGAUUCAAAUCGGCUCCGUACUUUUUUCCACUCUCUUGCAUUUGGAGCUAGGCGUGUGCUGCGAGUUUCUGUCGGAUCAGUUCGGACUCUCCGCGUGCUUCUGGGGCCGCAGCUCGCUCAAACUCUCUCCAUUCAUUGAGAGCAGGAAGACAUCUGGAUCAGCUGCUGCGCCUGGAGCUGAAGUUUGCCGACUCUUAUCCUCCAUAAAGUGACAUCAGGUGGUCCCUCCAUUCCGCCGGUUUAACGCCCCGUUGCAAGAUGGCCUCUGCGUGGCAAAGCGUCCUGUCUGUUCACCAGAAGAUGGUGGAACAUGGAGAUAAGCGUACGGAUGCGUGGCUGCUGGUCUACUCCCCGGUCCCCGUGGCCAUCAUCUUCCUGCUGUACCUGUGUGUGGUGUGGGCCGGCCCUCGUCUGAUGAAACACAGAGAGCCCCUCGACCUCAAAGGCAUCCUCAUUGUCUACAACUUCUCCAUGGUCGGCCUGUCAGGAUACAUGUUCUAUGAGUUCCUGGUCACAUCCUGGCUCUCGAACUACAGCUACCUCUGUCAGCCGGUAGAUUACAGCAACAGCCCGCUGGCAGUGAGGAUGGCCAAAGCCUGCUGGUGGUUCUUCUUCUCAAAGGUCAUAGAGCUCAGUGACACGCUCUUCUUCAUCCUGAGGAAGAAGAACCGGCAGCUGACGUUCCUCCACACUUUCCACCACGGACCCCUGAUGUUCAACUGGUGGGCGGGAAUCAAGUUUGUGGCUGGAGGACAAUCGUUCUUCAUCGGCCUGCUGAACACCUUCGUCCACGUGGUGAUGUACUCUUACUACGGCCUGGCUGCCAUCGGCCCUCACAUGCAGAAGUACCUGUGGUGGAAGAGAUACCUGACGUCUCUGCAGCUCGUGCAGUUUGUGCUGUUCCUCCUGCACUCGGGCUACAACCUGUUUGCAGACUGCGACUUCCCCGACUCGAUGAACGCGUUGGUAUUCGUCUACUGCGUCUCCCUCAUGAUCCUCUUCCUUAAUUUCUAUUAUCAGAGCUAUCAUAACAAAAGGAAGCAGAAAGAAGUGUAAGACACACUGAGGCUUCAUGAGAGCGUCAGCUUGAGGGAUGUUUUCCUGCCUGCAGUACUCACUAGCGUCCACUAGAGGGAACAACACGCCCACAGUCUGAGUGUUUUUGUCAUGGUGCUCGUUAUCAAAGGACAGACUUGAACAUUGUAUAUUUACCAGACGUGUACAACUAAAUGUGGUUUGAGAUUUUUGUUUUUGAUAUUGUCAAUUAUAUGUUAAAAAAAAAGAUAAAUGUCACGUGAUCAUUCAAUUAUUUAUUCCUUAAAUUGAGAAAUGACAAACAUUCAAAUGAUUGCUGUAAACAAACUGUACAUUUUAUACAUAUAAUAAAAGUAGGUGGGGUUUCUUCUGCAUUAUUGCAGAUGUAAUGAGUUCAAACCCUCCUGCAGAGAUAAAUCAAAAAAAGCAAAACACUUAACGACAAAAUACAGAAAUGCAAACAAGUUUUUUUUCCACUGCUUAAAACACGGCAACAUUUAUAUAUAUUCUAAUGUACACUUCAGUCUGAAGGAUGUAGAUUAGAGAGAAAACACAUGAAGAGGAGGGAGAGGACGCUUCCUUCAGUUGCUUUGUGUUCGAAGUUAAUAUAAUUACGCUGAAAAACCUGCUUGUGUACAUGAGUUCUAGAUGUGAUUUAAGAAAUAAAGCAUUUUUGAUCUUUAAUCGACUGAAGGGCACAUAUUACGUUUUUUACAUCUUGAUUUUUAAGCUUCUUUGACUUUGCUAAUAAAAGGACAGUUCUGUGUUA